UUUACUUUUGCAUGGAUGGGCCCUUUGCUUGCACUUGGAUACAAAAAAACAUUAAACCUUGAAGAUAUUCCUCAGAUUGCCGAUUGUGAUAGUGCCAACGCGGUUUUUGCUUGUUUUAGAAAUAAACUUGAAACUGAUAGUAAUGGCAGUGGUAAUGGUGGUGAGAUAAGUGCACUAAGGUUAGUGAAGGCGUUGAUUCUCUCAACAUGGAAAGAAAUUCUAUGGACAACUCUAUUCUCCGUUAUAUGCACAUUAGCAUCUUAUGUUGGACCAUGUCUUAUUAAUGCCUUUGUUAAGUAUCUUGAUGAACCUCACCAACUAAAAUAUAAAGGGUAUGCGCUAGUGUCUAUUUUCUUCCUCUCAAAGCUCAUGUGGAGCCUCUCAGAAAGACACUUGUUCUUUCAACUGCGAAAGAUGGCAAUUAGGGUUCGUGCUGCCUUGUUCUCAAUAAUCUAUAAGAAGAGUCUCAGGCUUUCAAACCAAUCAAAGAAAUGUCACACUAGUGGGGAGAACAUUAAUUUAAUGAGUGUCGAUGUUGAGAGGAUUGCCUUUUUCAGUUGGUAUGUGCAUGAUAUAUGGAGGGUGCCUGUUGAAGUUUUUCUAGCAUUAUUGAUCUUGUAUAAGUACCUUGGGCUAGCUUCACUUGCAACUUUUGUUGCCACGAUGAUUUUGAUGUUAGCAAAUAUUCCAUUAGGAAAACUACAAGAGAAAUUUCAAAAGGAACUGAUGGCUUCAAAAGAUCAAAGGAUGAAGGUGACAUCUGAAGCUUUGAGGAAUAUGAGGAUUCUAAAGCUCCAGAACUGGGACAUGAAGUUCUUGGCUAAGAUAAUUGAGCUACGGAACGUUGAAACAAAAUGGUUAAAAAAACAACUUUAUACAUCAGCUAUAAUAGCUUUUAUCCAUUUGUCUGCUCCCAUGUUUGUAUCCAUGGUCACUUUUGGAUUCUGUAUACUUAUGGAAAUUCCGCUAGAAUCGGGAAAGAUUCUAUCUGCACUUGUAACAUUUGAGUUAUUGCAGGGGCCCAUUCAUAAUCUACCUGACACAAUCUCCAUGAUAGUUCAAACUAAAGUUUCCCUUGAUAGGAUAGUCUCAUUCCUCUAUCUUGAGGAUCUUCAUCCAAAUAUAGUAGAAAAUUUUUCAAGAGAUGUUGUCGAUGUUGCAGUUGAGAUGGUCAAGGGGAAUUUCUCUUGGGAUCUUCAUUCCCCUAAUAUCACAUUAAAAGAUCUUAAUUUUCGAGUGUACUGUGGUAUGAGAGUAGCUGUUUGUGGUUCUGUUGGGUCAGGAAAGUCAAGCCUACUUUCAUGUAUAUUAGGAGAAGUGCCAAAGAUAUCUGGAACCAUUAAGUUGAAUGGGACAAAGGCCUAUGUUGCACAAUCACCUUGGAUACAAACUGAAAAGAUAGUGGACAAUAUAUUAUUUGGUAAGGAGAUGGAUAAUGAAAGGUAUGAGAUGAUUAUUGAAGCAUGUUCAUUAAAGAAGGACCUAGAAUUGUUUGCCUAUGGAGACCAGACUAUCAUAGGAGAGAAGGGGAUCAACCUAAGUGGUGGACAAAAGCAAAGAAUCCAGAUUGCACGUGCUUUGUAUCAUGAUGCUGAUAUUUAUCUGCUUGAUGAUCCAUUUAGUGCUGUCGAUGCUCACACUGGAACUCAUCUGUUUAAGGAGUGUUUGCUGGGAAUUUUGAGUUCAAAAACAAUAGUUUAUGUUACCCACCAAAUAGAGUUUUUAACUUCUGCUGAUCUUAUCCUGGUUAUGAGAGAUGGAAAAAUUACUCAAACAGGAAAGUAUGAAGAAAUUCUUAGUUCAGGAACUGAUUUUAUGGAAUUAGUGGGCGCACAUAAUAAAGCUUUAGAAUACCUUAAUUGUAUCAAUCAUGGGGUUGCUUUAGAUAAUUUAAUUAAUGAGGAAGAUGAUAAUAUACUAUGUAGCGAGAAGUCUAUUCAAAAUGAUGAACCCAAAAACUACAAAAUAGAAAACUUGGAGGGGUCAGAAAGCCAGCUUGUCCAAGAAGAAAAGAGAGAACAUGGUAGAGUUAGUUUUUCACUCUAUUGGAAAUAUGUCACUGCUACAUAUAAAGGAGCUUUAGUACCAUUGAUAUUGUUGGCACAAAUUCUUUUUCAACUACUCCAAAUAGCUAGCAGAUAUUGGAUGGUGUUCGCUACUCCUAUUUCAGAGGAUGUGGGACCUAAUGUUAGAGCAUCCACUCUCAUCUUCAUUUAUGUUACUUUCAUCCUUGGAAGCUCUCUUUGUGUAAUUAUGAGGUCCAUGUUUGUUGUAAUUACUGGAUACAAAACAGCCAUUCAACUCUUCAAGAAAAUGCAUUUGUGCAUUUUUCGUGCUCCAAUUUCAUUUUUCGAUUCCACUCCAAGUGGAAGGAUUUUAAAUCGGGUAUCAAUUGAUCAAAGUGUGGUUGAUACCUCUAUUCCACGUCAAUUUGAAGAACUUCUUAUUUCAAUCAUAGGAUUUCUUGGAACUAUAGCAGUAAUGUCAUGGGGUGCAUGGCAGAUGUUAAUAAUUUUUAUCCCAAUGACUAUGGCAUGCUUCUGGUACCAGCAAUACUACACAUCUACAGCACGAGAACUUUCGCGACUAACAGGAGUUUGCCAAGCUCCAAUUAUACAACAUUUUACUGAAUCUAGUUUAGGUUCAACUACAAUCAAAUGCUUCAAUCAAGAAGAGAGGUUUAUAGCCACAAAUCUCAAGCUGGUGGAUGGUUUUUCUCGGCCAAAAUUUUAUCUCUCUAGUGCAAUGGAGUGGCUAUGCUUCCGAAUGGAUACAUUAACAUCCAUCACAUAUGCCAUCUCUUUGAUUUUCUUGAUAACAGUACCAAAGGGAGUACUCAGUCCGGGUGUUGUGGGUUUAAUUGUCACAUAUGGGCUUUCUCUCAGUAUGCAUGGGCUCAUAUGGGAUCUUAGCAAACUUGGGAAUCAAAUUAUAUCUAUAGAGAGAAUAAUGCAAUACACUUGCCUCUCCAGUGAACCCCCUCUGUCGGUAGAAAAAAAUAGGCUUGAUCAUGAAUGGCCAUCACAAGGGAGAGUUGAUAUUGUUGAUUUACAGGUCCGAUAUGCCCCACAUCUUCCUCUUGUAUUGCGAGGUCUUUCAUGUACUUUCCCCGGAGGUAUGAAGAUUGGAAUUGUUGGGCGAACGGGAAGUGGUAAAUCAACACUCGUACAAGCUAUCUUUCGUAUGUUUGAACCUACAACAGGUCAGAUUCGAAUAGAUGGCAUUAAUAUCUCUAAGAUUGGUCUUCAUGACUUGAGGUCAAGAUUGAGCAUCAUUCCGCAAGACCCAACAAUGUUUGAGGGGACUCUAAGAAGCAAUCUUGACCCACUUGAAGAAUACACUGAUGAACAAAUCUGGGAGGCUUUAGAUAGAUGCCAGCUUGGUGACGAAGUUAGAAAAAAGGAAGUGAAGCUUGAUUCUAUAGUGAAUGAGAAUGGAGACAAUUGGAGCAUAGGUCAAAGGCAGCUAAUCUGUUUGGGAAGGGUACUACUCAAGAGAAGCAAAGUUAUAGUACUUGAUGAAGCUACAGCAUCAGUGGAUACUGUGACUGACUAUAUAAUUCAAGAAACACUUAAUCAAUGCUUUUCAACAUCUACUGUCAUCACAAUCGCACAUAGGAUUACAUCAAUUCGUGAUAUCAAUAUGGUACUCCUUCUCGAUAACGGCGUUGCAGUAGAGUAUGAUUCUCCAGCCAGAUUACUAGAGAACAAGUCCUCAUCAUUUGCAAAACUUGUUAAUGAGUAUACUCGAAGAUGUAGUUCUUAGUUUUUGAAAGACCAACUAAAAAAGCUUUUAAUGUUCAAA